AUGUCAUCCUCGUUCUCUAGAUUGCCAAGAUAUAUUGGUGACACCGAUGACGAACAUUCCAUACACUUGAAACAUAUGAUUGGGAAAUCCAAUCCACUAAGAUCACCUAGAAAAGCAAUUAACCUUGGUAGGUAUCAAAAUUCGGACAGCACGACAGAAACUGAUGAACAACUACAUCGUCGGGAUGGAAUUACAAGGCCUCAAGUUGAAGAAGAAAUAUCAAUGACAUUGAAUGGCGUGCAAGAGGAUGUUGACGAAAAGGAGUUGAAUGAAUCAUAUUUAAAGUUCAUCAACAAUCAAUACGACAAUGAUUACGUUGAGGAGGACGACGAUGACUAUGUGUUAAGCGAUGACGAGACAUAUAAUGAGACUUCAGAUGAUGAAGAAAGUGAGGAGUGGAAAUAUCUGGACUACAAACGAGGGCUUUCUAAUGGAACAAGUCAUAUACAUGUGAUUGAAUCACCAAGGUUGAAAAAGUCAAUUGAUUAUAAAGAACAACAAGAUACGAGCAGUCUAGAUAAAGAGAUUUCAUCUAUACGUAAAUCUACAACAAUGCGCUCGAAGACCUGUCUUGGGUUUACAAUCGCAUAUGUGACAGUUUUAUUCGUGAUUUUGAUUAUGAUGCUAAAUAAUAAACCACUGGCUGUAGCUGGCCCCGAAGUGGAUGUUGCUGCAAUAAACACAAGGGUAGAUCAUCUUGACCUAUCCUUGCUGCAACUUCAACGCCAAACAGAAUCCACAUUGGACCGCAUAAAUUCAAAUAUUGAAGAUUUGAUCAAGUCUCUGCCAACUGCAGAUACUGAAAAAUUGAUAUAUCUAAAGCAUGGACAAGUGCAAUUAUCUCCUCAGUUUCAUCAGUUUUUGAAUCUGUUUCUUGAUUCGUACAGUCAAUCCUACAUUAAUGAUAAGCUAAAGGCAAUUAAACAAGAAAAGAAGCUAGACAAUGUUGACGAAUUAAAGGAAUACGUUGAUCAAACCAUUUCACAAUCAAUUGACUCAGUCGCUCAAAAAGUAGAGGCAAAUGUCGAUAAGAUCCUCGAUGGAUUAAAUAUUGUAAACGAUACAAUCACAACAGAUCCGAGACAAAAGAGUCGUUCUACUAGUGACAAAGUUUGGAUCAAUUCCAUGCUUGAUUUUGUUUCAAAAGGAUCAAAACUUGUCAAUUAUGCUGACUAUAAUCAAGGCUCACGUAUACUUGGAUUUUUAACAUCAGAUUUGGAUAAACACAACUUGUUGCAAAAGAUGUGGUAUGGAUGGAUCAUAUUUGCCAAGGGGCUUCAAGAUCAUAACAAUGCAAUCCAUGUACUUUUAGAGGACGACAUUUCAUGGCAAGGUGGCUACGAAAUCGGGAUACGUCUAAGUACAUCAGUAAUUCCCACCGAUAUCUUGAUUCAAUUGGAAAAUGAUGAUGCAAAAAGUCCAGUGCACGUCUCCAUUGGUUUCAAGCCAUACACAAGAUCCGGGUUUGAUAAAUUAAAGUUUCCUAAAGUUGAAGAUUCCGUUGGUCAUAAUACGAAAGCCUGUAAAUUCAAAUACAUUAAAUCAAGUCAAAUACAACCGGGUAUCAAUCAUAUCAAGUUGCCCGUCCGAUUUGUCAACUACCAAAUUCAUGGAAAGGAUAUCUAUUUCAAGUUUUCUCGAAAUGUGAGAAUAGGUAAUAUCAAGGUGUAUGGAAUAAGUGAUAUAAAUGCUGUACAAUUACAAAACAAGUUUAAAUUGUUGGUUGAUGAAUUUAAUGUUGAAGAUAGUGUGGGUGUGACCGAGUCAGAGCAAGUGAGUGAAAGUAAAGAUGCAAGUGGUGCUGAUAGAGAGGAGAUGAAAGUAUAUGAUAUAAAUGAUGAUAUAUAUUUGUAG